AUGAUUCCGAGACCGCGCAAGACAGCAGAGAUCAUAACGAGGCCGUGCAGGAACACUGUGACUGUAUCGAGGCCGUGCGAAAAGUCCACGUCGUCGCUGUUAUUGUCGCUCAUUGUGACGGUGCUGGUUGCGCUGGCGAGCAACGGGUGCCACGUGGCAGCUGUGCCAGUUGUCGCCAACGAAUGGAAUGCGCUCCUUGCGAUCAGGGAUGAGAUGAACUUUGUGAACCCCAGUCGCAGCCCCAAGGUUUACUGGACGACCAAUGUCGACUGCUCGUUCCUGUUUGGGGUCGACUGCAACGACAAAGGGAAUGUGAUCGUCAUGUACCUGUACAAUGCGCUGGGGCCUCUCCCUGCGGCAAUAGGAAACCUUACCUUCCUAUCGGCUAUCACCACCACUGGCAAUCUCACGAUUCCAACGGAGUUUUCAAAGCUAACCAAAAUGACUUUCCUGUCCAUGAGCAGGAGCGGCAUCACAGGGCCCUUCCCCACUAUGAUCACUGCUCUGCCGAAGCUCAAAGACGUAAAGAUGAUCAACAAUUCAAUGUCUGGGCCAAUCCCUGUGGCAUUCUCUGCACUGACUAACCUAACUGUCCUCCGGCUAGACAUCAAUAAGCUCACGGGUUCAAUUCCCGCUGGGCUCUCAAGACUCGUAGCACUAACCCAGCUUAACCUGAAAGACAAUCUGCUCACAGGAGCGAUUCCCCCGUCUCUCUCUGCACUCAAGGCCAUGCAAACGCUGGAUUUUCGGAACAACAAGCUCUCUGGCACGAUCCCCUCUCAGCUCAGCGCUCUCACCAACCUGGACGGACUCUAUCUAAGCAACAACACGCUCACAGGAGCCAUUCCAGCGCAGCUCAGCACCCUCACCAACCUCCGCUUCCUGAGUGCAUCGUAUAACAAGCUCUCAGGCUCCCUGCCUGCCGGCCUCAGCUCUCUCGCUGCACUCCAGUACCUAGGCCUGGCCAACAACACGCUCACUGGGUCAAUACCCUCUGCCCUCUCCUCCCUGGGCUCUCUGGCUAUCAUGUUCCUACAUCACAACUCGCUCACGGGUUCGCUUCCUCUCCAGCUCUCUGACCUCACUUCGCUCUUUUCCCUCACCUCCCUCAUCUCUUUGUCAUCGACCUUCUCUUCCUCUCUUCCUGUCACUGCUCCCUUCCUUCUCCCUCUGACCGCCCUCCUCCCUCUGACCGCCCUUCUCCCUCUGACCGCCCUUCUCCCUCUGACCGCCCUCCUCCCUCUGACCGCCCUUCUCCCUCUGGCCACCCUCUCUCCCUUCCGUUCUCUCUCCCCCCGCUGCUCUCUCUCCCCUCGCAGGGACCUUUCAUACAACAAGCUUAACGGCACUCUCCCUCCCAUAUUCACCAGCAGCAUGCAGUUUCUAGGCUUCCUGCACCUAUCACACAACUCCUUCUUAGGUCCGCUGCCUUCCAAUCUGGCCACCUGCCAGUCGCUAUAUGAACUUGACGUCAGCAACAACUAUAUGAGUGGCAUCGUGGCGCCUGUCAUCAGCUCGCUGACGUCACUGCAGACACUUGAUCUCUCCUCCAACUAUUUCACCGGGCCAGUCCCAGCCAUGAGCUCAGCCUCUCUCAUCCAACAAUACAGCAUCCACACCAACUAUUUUUACGGCUCGGGCAACGUUCUCGACCUCGCCGGAAAUUCCAUCUGCCCGAACGCCACCUCAUCCAUCCAAACCACCAACAACUGCCUCCAAUACGCGUCCGACACCUGUACCAGCACCACCAGCACAGGUGGUAACCCUGUUACCGUAACUGAGGCACAGCGCACCGCAGCAGACUGCACAGCGUUUUGCUCGACGAGUUUUGGGCUGGUUACCACUCCGGGAAGUAACGCGCAGUGCACGUAUGGGAUCGGGGUGUGUGUGGUUAGCGCGGUUGCGGUUACCACGGGUGCGGUUACCAUACAGUGUAACUGCACGUGGCGGGGGUCGACUCUUGCGGCUAACAAGACUGCCUGCCUACCUCCUCGUAAGUCUCUCUACACCUCUCUCCACCUCUCUCCACCACUCUCCGCCACUCUACGCCUCUACACAUCUGUCUUUGAGCCAUCACAAACGGGACCAUACAGUAUGCAGCUUCCCUUCCUUCCCUCAUGUCCUUCCCCUCCUUCCUCUCCUCCCCUUCCUCCCUCUCCUCUCUCUCCUCCCCCUUUCCUUCUGUCUGCCCUACGAACAACUUUCAUUCAAUGCACCCCCCCCUUCCCCGCCCCAUCCUCCCCCACUUCCCCCCAACCAUCACCCCCGCCCUCGCCUCCCUUCCCCCCUCCGUCACCCCCACCCCCCUCUCCCCCUCCAUUCCCCCCACCUUCCCCUCCGCCCCCUUCCCCUCCCCCAUCCCCCCCUCCUUCCCCGCCUCCCAAUCCUCCCCCCUCUCCUCCAUCCCCCCCACCUAGACCCCCACCUCUUCCUCCUCCGUCCCCCCCAAACCCUCCCCCAUCUCCCCCUUCUCCCCCGCCCAAGCCUCCCCCAUCUCCCCCUUCUCCCCCACCCAAACCUCCCCCUUCUCCCCCCCUCCCCCAUCUCCCCCUUCUCCCCCACCCAAACCUCCCCCUUCUCCCCCGUCCCCUCCCCCCAACCCUCCCCCAUCCCCUCCUUCUCCCCCACCUAAACCUCCCCCUUCCCCCCCAUCCCCUCCUCCUAACCCUCCCCCAUCCCUCCUUCUCCCCCUCCCCCCCCCCAAGCCUCCCCCAUCUCCCCCCACCCAGACCUCCCCCUUCUCCCCCAUCCCCUCCCCCAACCCCCCCCAUCCCCCCAACCUCCCCCCUCUCUCCCCACCCCCUCCCCCAAACCCCCCUCCCCCCCCCUCCCCCUUCUCCCCCCCCAAACCCCCCCUUCCCCACCCCCCCCCCCCUCCCCCUUCUCCUCCCCCCCACGCCCCCCUCCCCUCCCUCCUCCCUCCCCUCCCCCUUCCCCUCCCCCACGCCCCCCUCCCCGCCCUCCUCCCUCCCCUCCCCCUUCCCCUCCCCCACGCCCCCCUCCAAGCCCUCCUCCUUCUCCUCCUCCUUCCCCUCCACCCCGCCCUCCCCCCGCCCUUCCCCUCCCCCCCCUCCCCCUCCCCCCCCCACGUCCCCCUCCAAGCCCUCCUCCCUCCCCUCCCCCUUCCCCUCCCCCACGUCCCCCUCCCCGCCCUCCUCCUUCCCCUCCACCUUCCCCUCCACCCAGCCCUCCUCGCCCCCCAUCCCCACCUCGACCUCCCCAUCCUCCUUCUCCCCCCCCUUCUCCCCCACCAAACCCUCCUCCUCACCCCCUCCUCCUCCCCCCUCACCUCCCCCCCCCCCCCCCCACCCCCGUCACCGCCCCCAUCCCCCCCGCCACCUUCCCCUCCUCCAUCCCCCCCUCCUUCCCCCCCUCCCCCUCCCCUCCCCCUUCUCCCCCAUCUCCUCCACCAAAGCCACCCUCGCCACCACCUUCCCCUCCCCCCCCUUCUCCCCCACCGCCUUCCCCUCCUCCCUCUCCCCCUCCUUCGCCUCCCCCUCGCCCACCCCCGUCCCCCCCUCCAUCCCCUCCUUCCCCUCCCCCAUCCCCGCCACCUCGUCCCCCGCCUUCCCCGCCCCCAUUCCCUCCCCCAUCUCCCCCUCCUCGCCCUCCCCCUUCGCCUCCCCCUUUCCCCCCUCCGUCGCCCCCCCCGCGGCCACCACCCUCCCCACCACCGCCUCCCAUGUUGCCAUUAUUGGACGGCGGCUGGAGAAGUCGCGGGAGGCGCGCGUUCAGCGGAAGGAAUCCGCGGAGGAGGAGUUUCAGCAAUGGGCGCGCCAAGUAGCAGCGCAAGAUCCCGAGCUGAUGGAGAUGUUUGGUGAUUCCAUGCUGGACCCGCAGCAGAUGCAGGAGAAGAUGGAGGAGCGCAUUCGCUCGAAGCAGGCAGAGCUGCUGGCGGAGAAGCGAGGCAGUGGGGCGACCAUGCAGGUGGCCAUUAAAGAGAUCGACCCCUUUGACAUGUACAUCUGGUUAGAGCUGCACAAGACACCAUCAGAAGACGAUAUGAAUACGCUUGGCAGCGUCAUACGAGCGUGGUACGUUGUGGGCAAGCUGGGAGGAUACAACUCGGCCAACCUGCAG